CAGUUAUUCAUUGCUUUUACCGUUUGCUAUGAAUCAGUCUUUCAUCCUAUCCACCAGAAUGGCCGGCACUUGGGGCCUCAGGCUCGCUCUUUAAGUAAGAGUAGUGCUAGGGGCACAAUCAUGUUUUGCUGCACUCACUCGUUCGCCACUCGCCACAUCAACCGCCCCUCACAACAUUGCGAUACGCACGCGCAGUACCUCGCGCCCGCGACUUCAGAAAACCCUCUCCUAAACUCACCUCGCCUGCAACGACAAAAGAAAAGUGAAGGACACUGCUGUCGGCGCCGGCGGCUCGCCAUGGCUGCGUUCAAUCUCGAUCCCGAUGUAGACAUGCACAAGCUGCUGUUGCAUCUGCAGCUUCUCGAAGAGGAUGGCUCGGCACAGGACGCAAACGAGCUGAAAAGCGUUCCCAUCUUCACCGAGACGACCCGCGGCCAUGCCAAGUCGUUGCCCUCGAAGCCGUUCAGCCAGUACGGCCUCCUGGGCGGCGAUGUGGCCAAGAUGUCAGGCUUGAUGUACAGCAACAGCAUUAUUUCCUCACACCACGAUCCAAGGAUCUUCCAAAACAUCAGCGCGCCCUCUAGCGUCUUCAUCUGUGGCAGUCAAGGCUCCGGAAAGAGCCAUACGCUGAGCUGCAUGCUGGAGAAUUGUCUGCUUCCAUCUGACGCAAACGUGCUCCCCCGGCCUCUGACCGGCAUCGUUUUUCAUUACGACUACUUCACAUCGGACGCUGGCGGCUCCCCAUGCGAGGCUGCGUACCUGUCAUCGGAUCCAGCGGUCAAGGUGCGCGUGCUGUGCCCGCCAACGAACAUUGUCCAGAUUCGGAGAAUCUACAGCAAGCUGCCACAUGUUCAGGUCGAGGGACUACGCUUCGAUGAGAGUGACCUCAACACGAAGCGAAUGCUCGACUUGAUGGCCGUGAGCUCCAUCCACGGCGGCAUGCCUCUAUACCUUCACGUCGUCACGCGCAUUCUACGCCAGCUUCGCGUCGAGCAGCAGAGUGUCAGCUCGGGCUUCAAGUACAGUACCUUCAGGCGCUACCUGGAUGAGGAGGACUUGAACCCUGGUCAGCGCGGCCCGUUACAACAGCGUCUCGACACUCUCGAGAGCUUCAUGGCGAACGAGCAGGUAUAUGGCAACCCCGGCGGAGGAAAGAAGAAGGCCACGGUUCGGCAAGGCACCAAUUGGACUCCCAAGGCCAGCCAACUAACUAUUGUUGAUCUCUCAUGCCCAUGUGUCACCGCGGAAGCGGCCUGCGCCUUGUUCAACAUUUGCCUCAGCCUUUUUCUGGAACAGCCAUCGACGAUCGGCCGUGUCGUCGCGCUCGACGAGGCGCACAAGUACAUGACGAACUCGGCAGAGUGCGAGACCUUGACACAAGCACUGCUCACCACGAUCCGUCUCCAGCGCCAUCAGGGGGCCCGGGUCAUCAUCUCCACGCAGGAACCUACCAUCUCCCCGAAGCUCCUAGACCUCUGCUCCGUCACCAUGGUGCACCGCUUCACCUCCCCAGACUGGCUGCGCGCACUCAAGGGCCAUCUCGCGGGCGCAACGGCCCUGAACAAAGGCCGCGCCAGCUUCAAGCCAUACGAUGAAGAUGUUGACGACUGCACAGCGUAUCCCGAUGCUGAGAUGCAGUUAUUCUCGCAGAUUGUCUCCCUGCGCACCGGCGAAGCACUGAUGUUCGCGCCCAGCGCUGUUGUUGGUGUUCUCAAGCGCACCCCUGAAUCUCCCGUCACAGACGAAUCUCCCGCCAGUGACGAUGGCGAAGCGAGUGAGGUGAAGAGCGAGGACUCGCACGAGACAGCCGUCAACUCCGAGGAUAGCGACUCCAAGGCCACCACCGAGCUGGUGCGGCUCGGACACGGCUUCAUAAAAAUUCGCGUCCGGAAGCGCAUCACUCAGGAUGGAGGCCGCAGCGUCAUGGCGGGCUAGUCGAGACGCGUGUAUAGUUUGUGCUGGGCUUCAAACAGAAGAUGAGGCCCUGUUGGAGGCGUCUGUAUGAGUCUUGCCACUGUUGAG